AAGAAUAAGAAUGAAGAGAGAGGGAGGGAGAGAGAGAGAGAGAGAGGGAGGGAGACCUGAUACAGAGAGAGGCUGAUCUGAGCGCGUGCAGAAGAGCGUUUCAGCAGACGGAGAAGUCAGACGGAGCAGAGCUGCAGUCGGACAGUUGGAGGACGAGGACAUCUGGACAGAUCCCUUCACCUAGAAGGAUCAGGGAGCAGCUUCAGGUGUGAGUCUCCAUGGCAACAGAUAUGUUUGUGCUGCUGAGCGUCUGUCUCAGUGUGAGCCUGGCGGUCAACAUCGACACGUCGUUUCCGGUGCUGAAGACAGUCGGGAGCAAGAAUCUGUUUGGAUUCUCUGUCGCUCUGCAUGAGGAUCUGGAGACGGGGAAAUACCUGCUAUUGGUCGGCGCUCCCAGGGAGAAGGCGGAGCCUCACAUUCCAGCCAAUCGAACAGGAGGCGUGUACAGCUGCCCGGUCACAGCUAACCCAUCAGAGUGCAGUAGGAUAAAAUUCAUAGAUCAAAACCUGCACCCCACUGAGGACCUGCUGGAGGACAUGUGGUUGGGCGUCACAGUAGCCAGUCAGGGCCGACCUGGAGGGAGGAUCCUGGCAUGUGGGCACCGGUUCGUUAAGGUGUACCAAGGAGAUAGAAGGAUAAUUGGCCGGUGCUAUCUCCAUAGAAACGGCCCACCUCAUGAUGAAGAGCCUCUAAACUGGGAGCAAAUACAGCAGCAAUGCGAUUACAGGUGGGAUCACAGCAGUGAGGGCAUGUGUACUUAUGGAAUCUCCGCCUUCAUCACGCACACCGACGCCAUCUUUGGCUCACCUGGAAGCUACAGUUGGCGGGGAAAUGUUUAUGCCUUCUGGAUGGAUCCGAACAAUGACCUUAUUUCAACAAAGAACUCCUUUGACUACAAGAGCUUAAGUUAUAGGAAUAUUUAUUUAGGAUACUCGGUCACUCAGGCUCUUCACCUUCUCUCUGAAGAGAGUCAAACCAUCGUAGCAGGAGCUCCCAGAGACAAUAAAAUGGACGCCCGUGGUUCUGUGAUGCUGGCGGUCAAGCGAUUCAAUGAUCUGGUGAUUCAGCAGACUCUACGAGGUCAACAGGUUGGCUCAUACUUUGGUAACGUCGUGGUAGCCGUAGACCUCAACAGGGAUGGGUGGAAUGACCUGCUGGUGGGCGCUCCUUUUUACUUCAACCGCCAGCAGGAGGUGGGCGGGGCAGUUUAUGUUUACAUGAACGCAGGAGGGAGGUUCCACUCUGAACCCACCGUGGUUCUGAUGGGUUCAGUUGGAUCUGCUUUUGGAAUGGCUAUUGCUGCAACAGGGGACCUCAACCAGGAUGGCUAUCAGGACUUUGCAGUGGGAGCUCCUUUUCACGAUACCGGAUGUGUGAUGAUCUGGACUGGGGGCAAAGAGGGAAUCUCUGCAGAACCGAGUCAGAUGAUCGAAGGACGUUCUGUAUCUCCUGGGUUCAAGACUUUCGGGUACUCCCUGGCUGCAGGUGUUGAUGUAGAUGGAAACCACUACCCAGACCUGCUGGUCGGCUCUCUGGAUGAUACCGUCGCCCUCCUUAGAUCUCGCCCUGUCAUCCAGCUGAACACCACGUUAAGAGUUUCUCCAGGUGUGGUCGCCCGAAAUGAGACCGAUAUCAAGGUGAAGAUGUGCUUCUCCUUCCAGUUCAACGCUGGAGAAAACCUCAGCAGCAUCUCUGUCAACUUAACUCUGACUGGAGACGUCACCAGUCUCUCGCCCCGCCUCCGUUUCCAUGACAACAGACAGAGCGUGUACUCCAGCAUCCAGUCAGUAGGAAGUGGAAAGUGCAAAACCCUGAAAGCCGGACUGCUGAGUACCAUCCAAAACGUGGUGGAACCUCUGGUGUUCUCCCUGAACGUCUCUCUAAAUGAGAAACUUCCUAACAGAAGCAAUGUUGUUCAUGAUCUGAGGCGUUUUCCCAUCCUAAGCCCGACACCUCAACUCAUCAAAACCCUGAUUCACAUCAAGAAGGCCUGCGGGUCUGAUAACGUCUGUCAAAGUAACCUUCAGAUGGUGGCCUGGUUCACAGAUGAGGACUACAAACCCUUCCUCAUGCAAGACGGCAACCAACUGCUGAACUACAACAGCAGCAUCAGGAGGUUACUUCUGGAGGUCAACGUCAGCAACACGGCAUCACCAGAGCGACUAGCAGAGGAUGCUCACAACACUGUCCUCAACGUCAGCAUCCCAUCGUCGCUUGUUUACUCUGGAGUCCAAAAAAAGGGGGGCAGCUCAGGAGCCAUUGAGUGUUCUGUUGAAGGGGCCACUCUUCUCUGUCAGCUGGGGAAUCCCUUCAGAAGCAACCAGAAGAUUCAGAUGUUCAUUAAAUUUGAGCCAUCUGCGAUCGCUUUGGACACCAAGGAAAUCCAGUCUCGGCUGGUGCUGUCCACGCUCAGCGACCAGUCAGAUCUGUCUCCAGUCUUCGUCUCCUUGCUGGUGGAGUAUUCCGUUCAGGCGACUCUCACUCUAAUCAAACCGGGUUCAGUCUUCUUCGGUGGUCAUGUGGUUGGUGAGCGGGCCAUGAAGAGCACGGAGGACGUGGGCAGUCUGGUGGUCUUCACCUUUCAGGUUCACGUCCAGGGGAAGCCUCUGGGUCGCCUUGGCGAGCUGGAGGUCGAGUUCGAUUGGCCGAAGGAGGUGGCGAACGGAAAGUGGCUGCUGUACCUGACAGAGGUCCGCUUGGAAGGCACCUCGAAUCGUCAAUGCACACACGGCGACAUCAUCAACCCUUUGAAGCUUGUGAUGUCCAAUGAUGAGAGGAUGAUGAGGAUGAACCUGGGGAUGAAGGGAGAGGAGGAAAGGAAAAAACAAGAGAAAACUCUCCCAGUCCUCAGCAUGCAGAGACAGAGGAAGACCUUUAAACUGAGCUGCAGCAGUGGGGCCAGGUGUGUGAAGUUCUCAUGUCCUCUGCUCAACAUGAACAACUCUGCAACUCUGACGGUGAAGAGCCGGCUGUGGAACUCCACCAUGAUUGAGGACUACAGAGAUGCUAGCAGUGUGUUGGUUCAAGGCCAGGCCACUUUGAAGUUGAAGACCAUGAAGAGAACCGUCACCAUGAAGUCGUCCCCCUCACUGAUUGAGGUCAACAUUUACCCAGAGUCUGAGCUGCAGCUGAACUCUGGCGCCCCCUGGUGGAUCAUCGUGGUGUCGGUCCUGGCUGGAGUUGUGCUGCUGGCUCUGAUCUGCGUUCUGCUUUGGAAGUGUCAGUUCUUUGUGCGUCCUGAGGCGUGGCAGACGGCGGUGCUCCAGCAGAGGAGGAUUAUGGGUAACACCGAGCAGCAUGUCGAUGAUGAUGGUUUCCUGAUCCAGGAACAAGUGACCUCGACCCAGAACCGGAAGAUCCAGAAACACUGGGUCACCAUUUGGACUGAAAGCCAGUGAGAGACCUCUGGUAUCCAUAGAAACAGAUCUUAUACCAAACUGAACCAAUCCGGACCAAAUCUGAUCAACACUGCCAGGCUGCUGCCACUCGCUUCACCCGUUUACCCUGAGUUACUCAGAGGUGGAGCUACGAACUUAAAGACUUCUUAUUGGUACAAUUUUUAUUGAUCUGUGUGUGAUUGGCCCUCAGCCAUCGGAAAGGAUCAAUUGAUCCAGCAAGGUUUUAAUUUGAAGGGCUAUGUUAUAAAUAUUGGAAUUCUCCUUUAAGGACCGGAUAUUGCUGCAGGGUCAGCGUUUCUGUCCAUGCUGCCUUCAGGACUCGUCUGUAAAUUCGUUCUGCUGCCUUCAGGUGCUGCGUGGUCCAGUGUUUUUUGUGCUGUAGAGAUUAGUGUACAGUUUUGUAAUUUCUGACAGUCACUGAAAGCAGCUUUAGUCUGUGUGUGUUAGCAUUCCCUGCAGUGUCGAUGGAUGUUUUGUCUGUAUGCUGAUGAUAUUAAAGUAUUUUUUUACUAUUCA